AUGAAAGGUCACUCCUUUUCACCCCUCUAUUGGAAAGCAGUCCACUGGGGUCUGAUCGAUUUGGUUCGGCAAUUGGGAUACCCGAAGCUCUUCUGGACGCUUUCGCCCCACGAGUGGUCGUUUCUAUACCCAGCUUGGAUCCUGGACGAGAUGUCCAAGGAGCUGCGUGGCCGUUUGCACUUGGCCGCGCCGGAGAGCCUUCACAUCACCCACGUGCUCUUGCAAGUGGUGCGAGGCACGGUUGCAUGCCUUCGUCUUCGGUCGAUGGUGUCGCUAACGCCGGCCGCGCGCGGUUCUCCGGCCGUUCCGUUCGUUGUUGGUGCUUUCGUGGCCUGGUCGUUUCCGCUCGGAGGUGCCUUGGCCGGCCAGACGGGCAACAAGUCUAAAGAUCCGUGGCGCAGCCAUCUCCUCUACGCCUUGGACUCCGAUGGGCGUCCGCACUCGGUGCAUGUGUUCUUGCGGACCGAGUUCCAAGAUGGCACCAGGAAGGCGCCGACGCAGGACUAUCACGGCUCGGGCCGCCCCCACGUCCACGUCCUCGUGUUUGCGCCCAAGGAAGCACUCCGCAACAUGAAGCUCGAGGAGUCCGUCUUGGCCACGCGGCCGGAGCCCUUGGACGAGAAUGAUCCUUUGCCGGGCAUCGUGGAGGGCUCGCAGCUGGACCGGGCAGGUCGCAGCGGAUGGCCACUUCACAUGGAGAGCAGCCAAUGGGACUCGGCCACAGACACUCUCUUGCUUCAUCACAACCGGGAUGACAAAGAUUUGCAGGUGGCUGACGACGAUGGGGUGCUUCGGUCCUACGUGGCCAAAUAUGUGAGCAAGUUCAGUGAUUCAAGUCAGGACGAGUGGCUCAACGACUCCGCCCAGGGCAACGCCAUCGCCGCCACGGUCCUCUGCCGGUAUCGGCCCUGCGAGCCCGAGAUGGCGCUGCAGAUGCUGGGCGCUCGCUUCCGGCAAUGGUUUGUCAGCACCGAAGGCCGUGGCAAGCGAGACUUCGAGGUACCGUGGCCCGACAAGCCGAGGCAGCCGGCGGAGGUCGAGCAGUACAUAUCCGCGCCUUGGGCCGCCGGCCACAUUUCCUUGUUGGAUUUCCUUCGCAAGACGAACCGCAGUGGGCAAGUCGUGGCAUGGCUCAAGAAGCUUCAUAAGGCCAGCGGCAGUGCAGAGCCCUUGGAAUCUUUCGCCGCCGACUUUGUGGUGCAAGGGCAGCAGAUCGUGGCCGCGGGCACCCUGAGCAAGUUCAACGACAACUUCUUCGGCCAGUGGCUGCUGCUACAUGUCCCUUUCCGCCGGCUGGAGGACUUCUACGAGCCCAUCGAAGACAAGUUGGCCUUGAUCCCCAAGGAACACCGCAACUUUGCCAUGGCCGUCCUCUGCGAGCACCCGGUCGCCAGGGAGAUGUGGCGCGACCCUGACCGCUUCGAGGCGGAGUUGCGCCUGGAGGCAACCACAAAGUCCUUCGUGAAGACAUUGCUGGGCAUGGUGGCCGCUCAUCGCUCGCUGGUGCACAAGUACUUGUCCGGCGCGGCCGACGCCGCCGCGGAGGAAGCCGGACGAGAGGCCAACCAAGCGGCCGCCUUUGCCGAGGCGGCCGAGCAGUGGGUGGAGGAUGCUUACCGGAACGGCAAGAUCUUCGCUUGCACCGGCGGGCCAGGCACGGGCAAGACCACCGUGGCCUUGGCGUGUUUGCAGCGGGUGCUCGAGCUCGGGGGCAACGUGCUCUUUGCCUAUCCCACGAACCGGCAGGCCAGCCGCAUGCGAGCCAAGCUUCCGCCGAAGCUGGUCAUCGACACCUACCACGCCGCCUUUGGCCUGGACGAGGAGCCCGGGGGGGGCGGCGGUCGGCUUGGCGCAGUACGCCUUGAUCAUCAUCGACGAGAUCUCGCAGAUGCAGGCCCAUCACUUCGAGCACGUCUGCAAGCUGUGGGCGCAAGCCGACAACCUUCCGGUGAUUUUGCUGGCCGGAGACGAGCUGCAGAUGUCUACCGCUGCAAGGACCCGGAGUUCAGUACGAUCUUGCAAGAGCUGCGAACCAGUCGCCCCGGAGCGAAGACCCUCAAGUGGCUCCAGAAGCGCAAGGCCUGGACACCACCCCACAAACUGGACGUAGCGGCUGUGCAGAAGCUGCUCAAAUCCCAUCCUGACACGGUCGUCUUGACCUGCACGCGGAACGGAGCGCAAACCAUCAACGAGCUCGCCCUCCAAGCGCUGUUCCCGCGCUUUCCUCCACUGGCAGUCGUGGAUGGAGAUGUGGCUUCCAAUCCUGAGAAUUACCACGAAGGAGCCCUGCUGGAAGACCUCCACGCCUUGCGCCCGCUCCGCCUGCCCAUCUUCAAAGGAAUGCGAGUGGUCUUCACACGCAAUGUACGCAAAGAUGUCGACUUCGUGAACGGCAUGGACUGCGUGUUGCAAGGCUAUGAGGGUCGCACCAAGGCAGUGGAAGUGUUGACGGCCACGGGGCACCGGGUCAUGGUGUGGCCUUGGACCGACCCCGAGCUCGGCAACCUCAGCUACUAUCCCCUGAAGGCAGGCUAUGCCGACACCAUCAUCAAAUACCAGGGUGCAGAGCUGAAGCACGUUACUGCCUUCUUGGAUUGUCCCGGGGUCCCUGGGGCUGCAUACACCGCCCUCAGCCGAGUCAGCUUUGGCAAGGACGUGCUCAUCGGUGGCGUGGUGACCGCUGCGCACUUUCAACCGGUCGACGAGUCCUGA